AUGCGUCGCUCCGCAGCCCCUUCGGCUAGAGCUUCUAAGAAAAUGAAAUUUAUCACUCCAUUUCUCGCUGGAAACAAUUUAAACAAAGAUGAAAACUCAAAGAAUUCACUCGCAGGUUUGCACGCCACUUCAUGUCAGGUGAGACGAGCAGAAGGCUCUUGCAUUUGAUGUGGGUCGAUUCAGGAGAUUUGCUCAUUUAAACAGCGUUUAUGCGUAAGCUUUUGCUUUGGGCUUAAGACGGGCAACUGAUACAUUUGAUCGAAGUGCAUGGGAAUCCUCCAUUUUGCUUUGGUUUGAAAAUUACCUGGAGAGAUAUAAUUUACAUACAGUAUUCUCAGACGGCCAGCAUAAUCUUGCCCAAUAAUUAAGCUUAUUUUAAGGAGUUUUUCUCUCCUUUUUCAUCAUUUAAGGAGAGAGAAUGUGACAAAUCAUUUUUCACAGUACAGUCACAAGCAAAAGGUUUUUCAAUAUUAUUCAAAUAAAUUUGCCCAUUCAAUGAUUAUGAUUAAUUAGAAGUGUUAUUUGUGCAAAAAAACUGUGGUUAUAUCAGCUACGAUAUGGUCAAUUUUCCAUCUUAAAAAGAUUGAAAAAUUGAAGUUUAAAGAUCUGUGAGUUGAUUAAACCAAGUUUCUGUUUCAUUUCCUCACUGCAAUAUUUCUUUUGUUAUCUCUGGACUCUCUGUACAGUAGCUUAAUAAUUAUAGUGUGGCCAUAUCCCUACUCUUCAAGCAGAGGUUUCUCUCUUGCAUGGCUUUUAGCGUUUACGAAGUAGUUCACACGGCUUGUGUUUCGCGUAGUUAGUUUGUUUACUAAAACAAACUAACUACGCGACAGACAAGCCACACGAAUGACUUUGUAAACGCUAAAAACCAUGCAAAAGAGUAACCUCUGCUCACAGGGUACCCUAUUCCAUAAAUUAUCAAGUAAAUUUGAAAAGGUAUGAGGGGGUAAUUAAUAUAUGGGUGGGUGGAUGGGGGGGGUCCUUAACAGAACUAUGGGCUCUUUUCGUAGACAGCUAAGCCUGUUGUAGGCAUUCAGAAACUAAAAAUUUGCACAAAAUGGAAAACAGAGAAAAAAAAUAGAUUGAAAUAAACAGGCAGAUGGCCAGCUUACAGAUAGCUGGUGUAUAUUGUGACCCAUCAAACAUUGUCAGUGAAGCCUUUCUCUGUGUAUUGUGUUAUUUACUCUACAUAUUAUCAGCAUAUAAUCUCUUGAAGAAAUUCAGCAGGCUAGUGAAGUUAAUAUCGAUUUAAAACUGUCAGUAUCAUUAAGACGUUAAGACUGGCUAUGUUUUGAGAACAUUUAAAUCAAUAGCAUAUAAUCUCGUAUUAUAGAGGUAAAGGUUGUUUACCAUUUUACACGGGCAAACCGGUGAGAUCAUGUUUGGGUAAAUGGUAAGAUAAAUUUCUUCCCAGAAUCACCUUUACCUUUUGCGCUAAUCAGUUCCAUUUACCAAAAGAAGGCCAUUAAAGCCUGAACCUGGUAUCAACGAUGGGUUUAAAGAAAUGGAACACAAAUCUGUGGAAUAUUCCACCUGGAAAAACAGGACUACCUUUUGAGACGUUCCGUUGCUUGCGGAAAUUUUCUGGCUGAAAUGACCCAAAAAGUAGUGUUUCCUUUACUUUCCAACUGGAUUAUCCAGAAACUUUUUGUAAAUGGUAAACAAUAGAAGAUAGCUGCUUCUUGUUUUUCUUUCUAGGAGAGCUAUUCACAUUGUAAUGUGCCUGUGAGUCCAUCAGACAUUGGAAACAAAGUAGAAGUUUUUAAAAGUAACACGAUAUCAACAAGUUUUGUAGAAGAAGACGUAAGCAAAGAAUUAGCUGUUAACAAAGAUGAAUGUCUGACUUUGAAUGUUCCAAAGAUUACUAAAACAGCACGCUUCAAGUCUCCACUACAACAAAUGUCCUCUAUAGGUGAGCUUCUUCUGUUGUCAGACUGUUUUAGUUAUAAGUAUAUUUAUGUGUAUGCAUUCUAGAAUUUCUUCUCUCUUGAAAUUUAUUUUCCUUUAAUCCUUUGAUGUAGACUCCUCUGAUGAAAAAGAAAAUGCUUGUUUAUACUUUAAUGUUGUUUGGUAGGUACAAUACAUAUUUUAAAAUACUAUAAAUAAUUGGACAGGGCAAGACCAGGAAAUUACUUAGUUAAGGCUUGUUUAUGUGUUUGACUCAUAGCCAAGCAUAAGCAUAAGCAAGAAACCUAACUGGUGUGAUGCAAACAUGAGCACCUUGGAAUAUGCUUGUGUUCUCCUUGUUUAGUUGUUUGAUGCAAUAAAUGUUUGAGAAUAAUAUUAUAUUUACAUUGUACGGUUAUGGUCUACAUCCUGCCAUAUUACUAAUAGUCACCAUUUUUGUUUGAAUUACUCAAAAUGAUAAAUGAUUUUAUUCUAGAGUGAACAAACUUGUUCUUGACAAAUCCUUUAUCAGUCUGAUCAGCUGGCUGUAUUCAGGGUGCAAAGAAAGUCAGUUUUACAGCUUUGCAUUUUGCGCAAGCUGUAGCUAGCAUGUACUAGCCCAAAAGUCAUUUUACCCAGCCCCAAAGAAUUUGUUGAUGAGCUGCAUUGAUUUUUAGCUUUUUGGUGAUUUGAAUUUCCUAAACAACUUCACUUGCCCAUCGGGCAAGUUAAGAACAGAAUUCACUAGCCUGGCAGCAAAAUCCGCUAGUCCUUGGCUAUUGGACACGCCUUUCCUUGGUAGCCUACGUGUAGCCACACCCUCCCCCCAACAAAGGAGGGGGAAGGGUGCUUCUACAUGUAGGCUAUUCCUUGCAAGCUGUGUAUUAUGCUUUUUAUCUAAUAGCAGCAACCCAGAAGUUGACUCAAUCCCUUCCUGUUAAUGUCAAUAAUAUCAACUUCCCUUCAGUUGUAUUAUCACAUUUAUUUUUAUAUCAAGGCUUCCUUCAAUGUAAUUUUUACCGGACUGACUUAAUUACUUAGUAGACAGGCUAGUACUGCUUGAACUAAGCUCUGCUAAUGGAUAAUGUAAAGUAGCUAAACCAUAUUUCUUUUAUCUCAGGGGAAAGAUGUCAAAGAAAAAGGUAAAGUGUGUGCAUGUUUUAUCAGUUGUACGUCCAAAUGAAAUUGAGGUUAAAGUUGUUUCAUACAAUACAAACUUUAUUGAUACUUCCUAAAGAGGGCUUUUCAGUGACAAUAAUAAAAUUAAUUUACAAGAUAAUACGUCAAAACAUUAUCUUAAUCCUAAUUAUUCAUGAUCAUGAAUAAUUAUGGUUAGGAAACGAAGGAAACUGAUAAUCAACCUAGGUGGAAGCCAUUCAAUGCCUUAAUUUAAUUUUGACCGACAACACUCCUUUGAUCACACUGAUUGAGGAUAUUUAUUUAGUUAACUAUCAAAACAGACCAUCAGGCUUUGGUUGUUCCAAUGUUGGAUAGCGCUAUCCCCCCGAUAAAUCACAUAUCCAGUGUAUAAGUAUAAGGGGAAACUAAUUACGCUAUUUGAUAGAUAGAGGUUUAUCCAGUAGACAGAUAGGAUAAUCCACCUUUUGAGCAACUAUAAGGCCAGAAUUGGUCAUUUCUGUAAACUUUUUUCCAACUAUUAGUAUCAGUAAAUUAAUAGGUAAUUAUUAUUAUUAUUUUUUUUAUAGCAUAAAAAGUGGGAAGGAGAUGGUACGUAUGGUGAAGUUAAUUUUAAGUGUGAUAGGUAAAGAAAGAACAGGGAGAAGAACUGUUAGAAAAGAGAAGUGUACAUGUAGUAUCCCCUGUCAGUUCCCACCCCUACCCUGCUGGUUUUAAUUUAAAGGUGCAGGUGCAGCUGGAAGUGUUAAGAUUAGGGCUUGGACUUGAUUUACAGGAGCUUUAGGUAGUCACACCUGCACACUGCAAAAAAUUAUCAUCUCUCCCUGCACACCCACCCCCUGGACCCAGUUGUUCAAAGGCCAAUUAUUAUUGGGGUUAAAUUUUAAUUCAGUUUCCUUUUCUUUUUGUUAAUAAACAUUUUCCCUGUCAAUUUAAACAAGUUGUUUCCAGAUAACAACAAAGAUAAUUUCCAGGAAUUUUCUUUGUAAGCAUUCAGAUUGUGAAUUCAAUUUUUGCACUAAUCCUGGGUUAUAUUAAUCCUGCUUUGAACAACUGGGCCCAGGUAUAAUUUAUGAUUACAUUACACCUUUUCGUUCUUGUUUCAAUUUAAUUUGCCCUUGAUUUUUGUUAGGUAUACUGAUUACAAAGGGAAGAACAGCUUCUUUGAAGGAUCUAGAGGGAAAAGAGUGAGUUCAGGAUAAAUCAGUACUUCAUCUCCAGCAAUGGAAUCUCCUUUGUAUCUUUUGAGAAUUUUUGAACAGUCAAGGCCAAAGCAAAGAAAUCCCUCAAUAUUUUGAAAUGUCAAUUUUCUUGUCCCUCAACAUACUGUAGUCCCACUUUUUAACCUUGACUGAGAGCUACUGCAACAGUUUCAAAUAACUAACAUAAAUAUUUCACUUUGAGUGGUGAAUAAUAUGUCACGAGUGAGCGCAGCAAACAAGUGAAUAUUUUUCAACACAAGAAAAGAAAUUUUGUAACUCCAAGUGACUACGUAAUGUUCAUUUAUUAUAUAAAUACCAGUGAAAUACCAAACCCUUUCACUUUAAUGGCUUUUUGCUGUGAAAAGCAUGAUUUAUCAUGUAGCCUUAGCAAUGGUGAUCUUUUAACGUGUGAAGAUAACAUGUUAUUUUCACAUUUGAAGAUACCAUGUUUUCGCGCAAAAGCUCACCUGGUAUUUCAUUGGUGUUUAUAUAAAUAAUUAAUUUCAAUCAUUUCAGAAUUGCCAAGAGUAGUGGAUACAAGUCUUCUGAACUGGAGGCCCUUCAGGAAGGUAACACCCUGUGCAUUGGUGGAAAGGAAAUAGAGGUAUAAUGUGAUAUCUUAAUCAUUUUAUUGUAGUUGUUUUGAUCUGAACUGGCAAAAUAAAUGUUUCCUUUAUCAGUCAAAUUGUUUCAUAAAUUAUUAACAACUGCGUCGCUGAGUGGAGGUGGGUGCCCGGGAUGUCCAGGGGCUUCCACCUUUGGCAUGGCCAGCCCCUAGAAAGAGUUAUGACCACAUGGCUGGCAAACCCGCGCCCUCCAGCCUUGAGCCCCCACUCCAAUGGAACCAGGCACCCGUCACACUGAUUUAACAGUGGAAAAUUAAGUGGGGGGAAGGGAUGGGAGUAAAAGAAUGAUCCAAAGGCUAAACGAAGAGAAUGGCCGCCACGAAAACACUGUACAGAGCACAGGGAGGUGAUGCAAGCAAGGCUGACCAUGCUCGCGCUCCUUGUUGUUAACUCUGUUAAAUAAGUGUUUAUUUAACCUCAUUUAACAAUUUGCAGAAAAUAUCUUAAGGUCUUAAGGUAUAUUUUUCAAGUGUUAAAAAUAGCCUGUGUGCAGACCCCUUCUUUUUCCUUUGUUUUUGCCUCCCACCCCCUCCCCUGACCUCAUUGACUUGUACCAGAUCUUGAAAAAAUAGUCUUCAUGCAAGCAAAAACAUUGCACACCCAGAGAAAAUACCUGCAAUGCAGGUUAAGAUAACAAGGGGACAUCAAAAUAAGUUACAUAUAUUUUUUUAUAUCAUGUCCUCCUUUCUCUGUGCUUUAUGUGUAGGUGAUGGGAAGUAUCCAAGCAGAGGAUUAUCUCAGUGGGAAAUGUUUUCAACAAUCAGUACAACCAUCACCAUCUAUUCCAAAGCCACUCUCUAGGCUGCCUUCUAAACAAAAAGGUAAGAGGGAAGUGCCUUCUUUUAAGAACACAAGCAACCCAUAUUAGGCAACCUAUACUACUAUCACCGGUAGCCCAUGCUGUUACAACAGGCAGCCCAUACUAUUGUCACAGGCAUUGCAUACUAUUAUCAUGUAGCCUAAAGUCCUAACACAGGAAGCCCAUCCUAUUGCCUCAGGUAGCCAGUUCCAUGCGUUAACUGAAAGUAAGCAAGUUAACUUUUCAAGAUAAUUUUUUAACGUAUUUUUAAGGCACCUGUCGAAUCCAAAUCAAAAGUUUGACACUGGUAAUCUUCUCUGCUUAAAGCAGCAGCAAAGGAUUAAACUGGAAUAUUUAAUAAAGAUUUUGUGGUUGCACUGCUGUUAUGCACACACCAAACUAUUAAACCCAUAUGAUUUAUCCCUGGACCUUGUCAUGCGAUGUUGUGAAUGCAGUCCUCUCCUGUUUCCUUUGUUGCAUGCAAGGACACAUUUCGUAGAAAUAGUUUUAGAGAGUCAGAGAUGUUCCAUAAGAUUCCAGUAGGUUUUUCAAAAUGAGGAAUUUGGCUUAUUGGAUUUCCAGGUUUCGGGAUUUUACAGCCUCGUCCACAGGGCUUUUCCCCUUAGUAAAUUGGAGGGGCGUUUUUUUUAAGGGAAAAGCUCUGGGGCCGGAGGAGGUUAUUAAGAGCGUUGAACGAGAUUUGAAUUUGUAAUUAUUUUUUAAACGGAGAUCAAAGACUUCAGUGGCUUUUUAGGGAUAUGUUGUGCUCCAGAAAGCUUAUUUGCUUAAUCGUAAAAAACUCAUCAGCGUUUUCCUCGACCCUGUCGCUCAGCCGUUGCGACCAUGCCACACUUUUCUUGUCCAAAGUCUGCCACCGAGUUUCCAUAAAUGAGUGCGAGCAAGCUCUCGGGGGAAGGAGAUGUAUAUCACGCUUGAAUGCAGGCUCCCGAAGAUGGGGGGACCCCUGGGACCCGUGUAAGACGGUUUUCAAAUCGUAAUAUGGGGUAUGGGAUAUUGGAUCUAGGCGGUGUAUUUCCUUUUAUCUCGAGCAACAAAGGAAAUAGGAGACGUCUUCCAGCAGGUGCAAGGCUAUGCUAUGGGAUCGCGGUAAGCCGAUUUACGGCGAAACUAAACAAAUAAUUAUUAUUAAAGGCACGUGUGAACACGUCCUAUGGUGGUCCGCUUAUGAGUAAACAUUCUAACCGAUAAAAUGCACAAAGUCAACAUAAUUUUAAAGCCUUUAUUAGAUUAACCGAUAAUCCUGUCAGUGUGAGGGAAAUCAAGAACAAUUACUAUAUGGAAGACUCUUUUUUCCCUUUUUUUCACAAAGGGAAUUUAAUUCCGAAACGAGACGAAUCGGGGGCUUAAUUAUAAUUUUACUGAUAUAAGGAAAAAAAGAACGACCGCUCUCAGUUGUGAAUCGCCUAAAAUAACGCAUCGUCAAGCGUCUGAAAAUGAUACCUUUUUGAAGGUCACGCGAUACGAAAUAUUUUAAAAGGGAUGGAUACUGACCUCUCUCAAAGUGACAUUUCAGGCUUAAACCAGUCUGCUACAUCAGUUGUCCGUACCUGGCUUCUGCCUGCUCUAAAUCGCAAUCUCGUACAAAACUAGAAAUUUUAAUUUGCAAUUUUAAAUUUUAAUUCGUGCUAAUGCUUCUUGCGCUGAGACCGUUCAUUGUGUGUUCAGUAUAUUCGCAUAUGUUUCAGUGUCUCGCCCAGAUCGGUUGACUGUAAAAUUUCCUCCAAAUCUUUCUGAUUUUUUUCAUCUACUUGUUUCCUUUUCGCGAUCCACUCAUCCUUCGCUGCAAAUCCACGGUCGAUCAUCAAAAGCUGAAGCCAGUCGUAAUCAGAAAGCGCUUUUAUUUUUACUCCUUUCUCUACCAACUUCCUUAACCCCUCCGCGUUGUGUUCAGCCACCUUGUGCACGCUAACGUGGAUAUUCUGAAGAUGUGCGAAGCGGAUCGACACGCACACUCCCUCGUUUUGCGCGAGCCACUCGCACAAUUUUUCAGCACAAUCGCCACAAGGCGAAAAGUUACUCAGUAACUGCAAUUCCUUCAAGCCCAACAGCGGACUUUCUUCGAGGUCUAUGAUGGAUUUCUUGAAUGCGUUGGUCGCAGAGCUCUGGAAAACCUUCCGUGACAGAAUUUUGCCGUCCUUUCCUCUAGCAACAGCAACAACGAUUCCUUCGGUUGGCCAAAAUCCUCCGGGUACACCCGCUUUUAAAAUGGCUGUCAGGUUGAAUUCCUCUGGAGUGGGACUCUUCGGUGCGGAGUUCGAAUUGGCCAUCACUGCGUGUGAAAGUGAAAGUUUGUGAAUACAAUGCGUGAGUAGAGCUGAAACGCUUCCGGCGGGGAGACCUGAAGCUAUCAUUAACUUGUCAACCGAGAACACCUAUCAUCUUUUGCUUGCGCUUUAGGUCAACAAGCACUUUCAUCUCAAAUUUCCUAUGCCUUCUUGGGUUCAGUGACAACCGUUCACAAGCAAAUCCUGUUUUUAGGGCCAUAUGACAGUGUUCAUUCCUAGGGAAAGUAUACUUAACCAAUAUGUAUUUGGAUACGAAGAAACACUUUCCUUCAAUUAAUAAUCUCGUAAUACCAUUCAAUAUUAAUGGAACAGACACCUUAUUUUAAUGGGUUGUCGUUGUCAACGUUUACAUAAAUUGUUUUAAUUUUUAUAAUUCAAAAUGUUAUAUAACCCAUCACGGGAACAAUUUUUAACGGUUUCUUGAACAAGCCAAUUUGCUUUCGUUCUAAGAUUUCUGAAAUUUCCCCUGAUAAGCGUAUAACCACUGCCAGUUGUUUUUGCCAUUUGCGAAAAAUAUAUUUUUUUUAUGACGAUUUACCCCAUAAGAGCACCCGACACAACAAGUUCUUUGUUUCUCUCUCUUCCGAACGAGAAAGGAGAAAUUUAAGCUGAAGUAAACUGUUAAGGGCCUGUCUUCUGAUGCUUAGCGGAAUUACCGUAAAUCCUCUAUUAAGUCCAGCGGGGGGCUGAUUAUUUCAAACACAUUUGAGGAGGGGGGGGGAUGCUUAAUAGAGAUGGGGGGCUUAUUUAAUUUAGCAAAGGCGUUAGUAUCAGCUCUCAACUAAAAUACACAGUGGAAAACUCAAGUACAAGAAGUUGGAGGUCACGAAGCCGAGGAUAAAAAAAUCCAAACUUCCAGUUGGUUAAUAAACCAUCCCGGGUCUUCAGUCCACACCGAGUUUUACAUUCGUGAUUAAUUAACACAGUCUAUCAGGCAGGGAGGAGGGCUUAUUGACUUUCUUCCCCUGAAAGGGGGGGGCUUAUUUGUCAUGUUGGGGGCUAACUAGAGGAUUUAAUGUAAGUCAAAUAAGAGGCAAUUUGUCGAAAUUUCACGGUGAAAGGAGGUAUGUCACGAAUCUGCGCAUGCUCGUCAGCGAGAGCUCAACGAAAAAAGAUUGUCGCAGCUUUUCAGUUCAGUGGGCAGUUCUUGGGCGCUUCUGUGAAGAGAUUUCAUCCCACUGAAUCUUUACCGGACCAAUUUAGGUCUCUGGGAGACUGCCCACCUACCCUUCCCCUAAGCCAACAUUUUGCCCUAAGUGAGAAGUAAGUGAUAAUAUUGGCUUAGUGGAGGGGUAGGUGGGCAGUUUCCCAGAAACCUAGAUUGAUCCUCCUUACCACCCUGUUGAAUUUUACCUUUUCGAGGCUAAUCUCGUACCCAGAUACGGGUACGACAUUAUUUCGAGUUUUGAUUUGUGUGACGUAAGAUCUCAGGGAUAGGGUUUGUUCUUCGUCGCCGCCCUAGACCUUAUUCUUACGUUGACCUUUUUCUCAGAGCUGAAAAACGUUUGGCGUAUUUUUUAAGGAUUCAACCAGGAGUGAGAAAAGUCUGUGGACAUGCGAUAUCAAAAGUUCUUUAAGAGUACCUUACUCAGUGUUAGUUGAGUUGCGAAACUGAGGUCUUCAUACCCUGCUUGCAGAGGUCGCUCAUGGCAAGAGAAGAAGGAAAGGAAAGAAAGAGACCGGCUCUGCCGGCCCCCGGCGCGUUCUCACACGUAGCAGCCGACCACAUUGGUGGUCGAAACCUACUGGUUUUCAAAACUGGGUUCGUUUAAUGUGGAUUGCACGUGCCCUGUUAAGACUGCACGCUGGAAAUUUCUGAACCCACGGUUGUUAUCGCGCAAACCGGUUUUGUAAGUUGUGUCACUCGUGACUAAAACGUUACUGGUUGUUAGGGAAACUAAAAGUUGUUCAUUUAACUGCGAGGAUUAUUUCCACUUUCAAAUUCAGUUCUUACUGUUUACUGCGCAGGUUUACCGAACCCCUUCGUUUGUAAGAUGAAGAACGGAGUCGCCAUGGAAACGAAAAAAAUUGCUACGCCACGCCAUGACGCCAACGCUCCUGGUGCCCUUGUGAUGCCUCGACCUAGUGCUACCCAUCAGGUAUCUGCCGUACGUACUUUUUACACAACGUCGUUCCCAAUGCACGAGCAGAGUUGUUGUUUUCCUAAUCUAAACCUACAGGCCAUUUUCCGAGUUCUAAAAUCUCUCACUUUCAAAACGAGGCUAAGUAAUGAUUUUUAUGUGCAUGAGAAACAGAAAGUCAUUUUCAAGUCAAUGGCUUCGCAGUUAGCCUCGCUUUGAAACAGAGGCUUGGAGCAACCCGAAAAUGACCCAUUGCUGUUUUGCCGUUCUCGUUGCCGUCGCCGUCGCCGUAGUCGUUGCUUUGCCUAGUUCCUGUACGGCGUCUUUUAAGGCCUUCUCGGUCAUUCAUUUCGGUGACGUACCCGAGGCGAAAAACUCGGUCGGUCCACGUGACCCGAAACGCAUUGGCCGCGCGCAAUAAUGAGGCCUAGGGACUAGGCGAGUCCUUAACUACCUUUUGGCGGGUAACUUUCUUCUGUGCGGCGGUUCCGUGUUCGAUCAAAACAGUUUUUGUAGGGAAAGAUACUUUAUUAUGAUGUAGAGGCUUUUUAGUCGAGAAGAUAGCAUGUACACAGUACGCGUACACAGUAUAGAUACUCCAAAUUGAUCGACGUUAGUUUAAGUUUCUUACUAAAAAAUCCAAAGGACAUUUUAUGCCCCUUGCCGUUUCUAAAACUGAUGUCAGCUUUUAAUGAAUGGGAUUGAAGUUUUUGAUGCGGACCCUAGUCAACUUGUAUGGAAGUCUUUGCAGUUAUUUCGGUUCAAGUUUAAAAAACCAGCUAAACGUUGGCUUACAUUGUAGGCAUUCUUAGCCACCUCUGAACGCUCCUCUUUGCUGGGACGUUUCGCAAAACGUUCCCAGCGACGAGGAGCGGUGAUAGGUGGCUGAAUUCGCCGGCUAAGACAUUCUGUGCAUAACUGUGUUCAUAGUAUGGCCGAACUGCUUCUGGUCCAUCGUAAAACAGCGGUAAGCAACACUGUUACACUUUGUCUCCCUUUAGUCAGGGAUUGCUGCAUGCAAUACAGAUUUUUGCUUGCAAUACUGAAAAGUCCCUAAAAUAGUGUUAUUUGAAACGUACGCAGUUGGAGCAUAAUCAAGAGGGGCUGGAUAUUGUUGACGUGGUAGUGGACCCUUACUUGUCACAGCACUUAAGGCCCCAUCAGAGGGAAGGGGUCGUGUUUCUUUAUGAGUGCGUUAUGGGGCUGAGGAAUUUCAAUGGGAAUGGAGCCAUUCUUGCGUAAGUAUCGUUCAAUAAAAGUAUAAAUUCAGAGGACCUUUCUUUCACAAGUCUUUUAUAGGCCUUAUCCUUUCCAUCUGCAUACCAGCAUCUUAGAGAAAUGUCAUGCAGUUCUAACUGUUGAGUUACUAUUACUUGCUACUGCUUGUUUUAAAAAAGAGUAGUAUCUUUAAUUUUCUCCCAAGGAUUCAUGUAAACUACGCUAAGUUUCCGGUCUUACUUCUAUAGCUUAAGUCCUCUUUCCUCUAGCGCCCGGCUUGUCAGUGACGGAUUCAGGGGAAGGGCCGGGGGACCCGGCCCCCUUUAUCUCAGGGUCUGGAUGACCCCCCCCCCCCCUUAUCUGAAGGUCUGGAUCCGCCACUGCUUGUCACUCGAGACCUAGUCUGCUACACAGCCGUUUUUAGUGUCGUCACGCAACGCUGUGGGGAGGAGCGUUGCGUGACGACACUAAAAACGGCUGUGUAGUAGACUACCCGAGACCCUGAUAGAGACUGUCUGCGACGCAGACUACUUUCAUCCUACCUGUCCUUAGUCAAAUAUACACCUACGGAUUAGUAUAAAAUCUGUUGUGUUAUCUCCUAUUGUGUUUAGAGACGACAUGGGACUUGGAAAAACUCUUCAGUGCAUCUCUUUGCUGUGGUAAGUUGCUUAACGUAUGGAAACUUACUUAUUCUAUGCAAACCCCAUACUUCAUUUCUGUGCAGGGCUAGAUGAGUACUGUCCUGCUCUUGCAAGCUGUGAAUGCAAUUUUUGCCCCUUACAACUGUUAGAAGAGGCUAAUCUUUUAUAUAAAUACAGGAUAUUUUUUUAUAGAAAAAAUCCGCACGAGAGUUUUCGGCAGGUCACUAGAGUUGCCGACAUAGCGCGAGACUCAAAUCAAGCGAGAACAUUGUUUUUGAACUCUCGCGAACUUUAGUUUUCUCUUGACCUGUUCGUUUUAAAACUCAGGGGCACAAAUCGAUUAUGCUUUGUAUCUCACUGCAGGACACUUUAUAAACAGGGAAUGUACGGAGGUCAACCCACACUCAAGAGAACUCUUAUCGUCACUCCAGGCAGCCUAGUCAAAGUAUAUGCUCUUUUUGUAUUUAAACAACAACAACAGCAAUAACAACAACAAACAAAACAAACCAAAAACAAGAUAGAUGUAUAUCUUUCUAAUGGUCGUCGUUGGCCCAAUUCAGAUUCAUUCAUGGGUUGGGCUGAUAUAACUAAAGGUCAGUAGACUAACCAGAAUGUAGUGAAAACAAAAAGAAAUUGUUUUGGCCAAAAAGCACUGUCAGUUGUGCAUUUACGUUGGUAGUUUUCGAUAUUUGCAUUCCAAUUAUCUUGCUGUAAGUUUAUAGGUUAGUCGUACCUCUAUUAGUCAGUAAAGUACGCCUAGAUGUUAGUCAAAUAUGUCUUUAAGUUAGUCAAGUGGGUGUGUUUCUAGUUUGCGCUGCUUUCAUCGCACAAACUAAUCGUUAACAUCCUUUUUCAGCCGUCACUUGCAAAUCUCGGCUGUUACUUAUGCCCAGUCGGAAGGUGGAGACGUAUGACAUUUCAGACUAACUUAUGCUCAACGUUUUCUUCAAUCCCUCAUUUUGUUUUCAGAACUGGAGCUGCGAAUUCCGGAAGUGGCUUGGCAACGAGAGAUUGAAGGUGUACACGGUUACCUCAGAAAAAAGGGUCAAAGUAAGUUCCAUUCGGCUGCCAAGAUAUACUUCAGUUACCUUACUCAAAGUACACACCUCUUCAUUGGGCGAAUAGCCCGAUGACCGAAAAAGCUAUGAAGUCAGCAUUUUGUAAAAGGCAAGAAUUGCAGAAUUAGCUGGUGUCUGGCGUACAAAUAUAGGUGAAACAUCAAGGUUGGUUGGUAAUAAUCUAAUAAUCGCGAAAGAUGGUCAUUUUUGGGCUCGAUCUUGAUACGAGAACUAAACACGAGCCCAAAGGAAACGAACCCAGUAGACUUUUACACACAUUCUGGCCGCCCGCCCAUAAACAACUCAACGUUACUCGUGUCUUGUGCGCAUAUUGUUUUCAAAUGUCUUCUUCGACGCCUUACCCCAUUCCACUAAGAAACGACUCUUGUUACUGACAAAAUAAAGCUACCGUAUAUAGUAAACCAUUUUCCCUUUCAGAACAACCACUUACUGCCUAAGCGAAACUAUGUUGUGCAGGGAAGCGAGAUUUUGCAAAGGCAGAGGGUCUUAAGACAGAGAACGGAGAGGGGGAUACGCGUCGCCGAAGGGGAGGUGGGAGGGUCAAAAGUUAUAACCCUGCUAAGAACGGCAUUACUUGGCAAAAUACACAGAAAUCACGGGAUGGCUUAAAUUGGAAAAAAGGACUCCCCCGAGACUUCCAUACGAUUGUCUGUAAUGCCCUGGGGCUAAGAGAAUACCAGCAUUGCGCUCAGUUAGAAUCCAUGGUUUUCCUAACAGUGAAAAUAUUGAUAAAACUGUCGUUGAGCGACCUUACUCGAUACGUAAUUCGCCACUUUUGAGACGGAAAGGAAACUGGGUCGAGUUUACUUUCGCAAAGACUUCUGGGACUGUCACUAGCGACAGGAAAAAAAUUGGCCAAUAGCUGACAGGCGCGUCCCCAGUAACGAUCCCAUAAACCUUUGCUAGACCAAUUCGGCACCAGUCUCCUUAUCGUUUCUAAAAUGGCAAAUAAAGGGGACUUGACGGCAGUUUGAGAGGGCAAACUUUGUUCUAUGCAACUUUUCAAAAAAGAAUUUCUAGAACGUCCGGCUAAUGCUUUGUUUCAUCGUUUUUUUUUUUCUAAACUGGAGUGUUAUGUCUGCAGGAGUUUAUCAACAGCCCUAUUUACCCAGUCAUGAUCAUCAGCUAUGAGAUGUUUCUAAGGUCUGUGGAGGAGAUCAGGAGCAUCAAGUUUGGACUGGUCAUCUGCGAUGAAGCGCAUCGCUUGAAAAACACUACAAUAAAAACCGCCACGGUGAGAGCUUCUUGGUUUUUUUUUUUUUAGCCGUAUCUCAUAGUGAGAAGUGGGUUAUACGUAGAUUUAGCAGCUAAAACGCUAAGGGUUCCAAAACGGCGCGUACCUAAAUCUCAGUAACAUUACCAUCCGGUAGUUUAGUUUGAUUCCUUGUACUUUAAGCUCUCUACGACCACAUUAAGGAGGUGGUGGUUUGAGCGACAAGUUGUUGUUGUUUUGUGUUUUUUUUUCUCGAAAAAGAACUAUUUGUUGUAUGGCUGAAUCUGCGAGCGGGCGAGAAAAAGCGAAUUCUGUGUUCUGAUUGGCUACCCGAGCAGGCUAGAUGGGCUUGGGAUAUCCCGCCUUGGUUCCGCAAGAAAAAGUUAUCUUUUGGCCAUACAAUAAAUUCUUUAUUGACCAAGCUUGUUCAGUCAAAAUAAAUGUAUGUUUAAUUAGCUUCGUUUUCUUGCGUUUUUAUUGACCGAGACGAAACGCAGAAAAAAAAACUGAAGAACUUGGCCAAUAUACAGCCAUUUUGACCUCAAAAACGCAUGUUUAUUUUGAUCUUACAGAUGAUUUCUGGACUAAAGACCAAGCGUAGGAUUCUUCUCACAGGCACACCAAUACAGGUGAGACAUUUUACGUCAAGUUAUUUACCGUACAAAGUGCCGUACGAAUGGAGCAGCGGCCAGAAAAUAAAAGCCAUUUUUAACCCUAUUUACUUUGUAUGGAUCAGUGUGACAAAAGAAGCGGUCAACCACAUUGCAAACAAGUUUGAGCGCAUCGCAAUCCACUAUUUAUUCUAAUCCGCGCCUCUCAGUCGUUGUUCUUAAUCACCCCAUUUUCAUAAAACUUCGCGCAAAAUUAUCGAAUACUGCUGUAAUACUGCUUUAAGUUUAACUUUAGGCUUCUUUCUUCUCUGUGGUGUUUUUGGGGGCUUCUUUCAUCCCUAAAAAAUCUACCAAUAAAUCAAUACUUUCUUUACCUUUACAGAAUGAUCUCAAGGAAUUUCAUUCUCUCAUCGACCUUUGUAAUCCAGGAAUUCUAGGUAAGUUUUAUUCCGCUAAUCUGCGUUGUAACCUUGUUCCCAGGGCCCCUCUUCUCCCCGUUCUGUCUCACUCGCAGGUAUAGUAACGUACUGUUACUGCUAUUAGUAGGAUUUUUUUCUCGCCACAAAGGUCCAAUGAUCAGUACCAUAUUUACUCAAAUAAGCGCCACAGCGCUUAUUAGAUUUUUCAAUCCUCAAGUGCGGCGCUUUUUCCAGGGCGGCGUUCAUUUGAAAGUUGGGCGCGACAAAGAAUUAUAUUAACUGCGGUAUUAUUAUUUUCUGUGUUAAAUUUUUUGAUUAUUACGGCCGCGACUCUUAUUACCUUUUUUCUUCUAAAUGCGUUGCUGAUUCUGGGGCGGCGCGUAUUCAAGUAACUAUGGUACGUUAUUUUGUCUUGGUAUGUUGCUUGCUAUUUAUACUGGCGCAGCCUGCGUGGCAGGACUACGAAGGCCGUGGGAAAGGAAAAGGGUACGCUGCGUACAAACGUUUUCAGCGUGAAACAAGAGAAAUAAGAGACGUCUCCACGCAGGCUAGGAAAAAGGGGAAUAUGGGCCCGUGACACCCUUCGCGUUUGCCUGCGGCCUGCACCAGCUGUUCGUACACUGUCUCCUUAUUGGUUGCAGAAAGCACUAACACAACAAUGUUUAUCAUUAUUUCCAUUGUUUUACCGUUUGGGUUGCAAACCAAUUGGCUUUUAGGGUUAGGAGGGCUGCUACAUGACUCGCCCGCACCCUACAUCUUCCCUCCCUUUUGAAUGCCUGUCACACAACUAAUAGUAACAUCGUUGGUCUAACGCAGUUCUUGGAUACAAAAUAGACAAAAAGUAUAAGAAGGCCGCUUACUUAUGUUGAAGAAACAAUGACUUGUCUCUAUCAUUUUUCCUGUUUACAGGCACGCAGUCUUCUUUUCGUCGUUUAUAUGAGGAGCCUAUCGUCCGUGGGCAACAACCUGACGCCACUAGUGAAGAAAAACUACUUGGCCAAACAAGAGCUGCCGAGGUAGACUAAUAAUGCUUAAAACUGCUUCCGGGAUUUCUUUUUAAUUUGAUUAGGAUGAAGUCAGAGCUGCCGCGGCAGAGAAACCUGGUUUUGUGAUAUUUACCUGGUCUGAACGAACAAAUUGUCUGGCUGGUUCACUAGAGUGACGCAAAUAGAGAAAGCAAGGGAAAGCACAGGAAAUGAUGUUCACACGUGCAACGCAAAUGAAUGCAAAUGCGAGCACAGUGAAAUACACGCAGCAUCUGAGCAUCCUGCAUCCCUACAUGGCGAAGGAAUAUCCAGUUUUUCAUUGUGCAUUUUUAUUUGCGUUUGCGUUGUCGCGGUUCACACGUCCUGAAAUGCAAACGCAGUUAGCCUUAAGACAAGUGUAUGCGCCGACUCAAAAACUUGGUGCUUAAGUCGAGUUAGCUCACACGCGUGUUUUCUUGCGUUAGCGUUGCUCGUGUUUAUAUGCCCUUCGUUUUGUUCUUUUCCGAUGCGUCACAGAAUGGGUUUCGAAGCAGACCUAGUGCUACAAGAAAUGAGACGUUCCAAGCGUGGAUCAAAACUGAUUUAGUCCGGAACCCUAAAUGUCGCGUCUCUCAACGUUGAACGGUAGAUGAGUUGGCUAUUUUGAAGAGUUAAUCGUGAUGUUUCACCAAGUUUGGGUAUACUGAAAUAGGUAAAAUGGUGAUACGGUCUACAGAAGUAAUCUUUACAUAUUCCUUUACGAACAAGACACGAAUUUGUUUGUAAGGCUCCCUGUUUUCAUAGUUUUUCCUUUCCGUUUUCUUGUUCACAGCUCAACAGGUUGACAAGUAUGUUUUUCUUGAGAAGGACGUCAGAAGUGAAUAGUCGCUACCUUCCUCCAAAAGGUACUUGAGAGAGCAACAAUCUACCAGUAUUAGGGUACUUACGACUUUAGGGCAUUAGUGUAUAGUUAUACAGGGGAAGGAUGGAUCUUUGGACUCGCGACAUUUCGAAAAUUUGUUUCACAUUAGUUGUAUUUAUACUAGAGUCGAAGAGAAGAAAGAUCCGUCCGAGAGUAACGUAGAGAAAUAUUUUUUUAGGUCGUCCUGUAUUUCGUCUCUACAUCAAUACGAUCAAACAGCCGAAUCGUCUAUCUAGACUAUUAUCCGCGUUUAACUAACUCAGCCCGGAAUAUUUAUCUCAACUAAUGCCUGUCCGUAUCUAUACACAGAAGAAUUGACCAUUUUCACAUAGACCAUAAUACACCUUGUCUACCCCCCCCCCAAAAGUUGUAUAACCAUUGUUUCCAGUCUCUCCUGGGUAUUACAGUCGUCCCAAGAGAAAUCGAAAACAAUGGUUAUGCAACAAUGUUUUUUUUUGGGAGGGGGGGUGGAGGGGAGGGGGUAAACAAGGUGCCAUAUGGUCUAAAAACAUGUAAACAUGUAUGGUCGAUGUGAAAUUGGUGAAAUACAAGGUGUACUCUCUUUAGGUCGCACAGCACAUCCUGUAUUUAUACCAGACUCGUUAACCGAUAGUGUGAGUCGUAAAUAACUAAGUGAGCCUCAAUUUUUGUUUUUUCGCUCAUUUGCAGUGGAAUCCGUCGUAUUCUGUCGACCUAGUCUUUUGCAGCUUUCUCUGUACCGUCAUCUACUGACGUCACGCGUUGUGAGGUCAUGUCUGACGUCAUAUUCAUCCGAAGGUUCACGUCACUUAUUGUGCAUUGGUGCGCUAAAGAAGCUUUGCAAUGAUCCAAGUCUUAUUUACUCUGACUGCCAAGAGGCAAAUGAGGUGUCAGAUAGCUGGGAUAUUGAGGAGGUAACUUACUUUGGUAUUCAAAACUACCGCUAACCACUCCUCGCUUAACUCACGAUGAGGUCAACUCUUUCUUUAACUGACACCUUUAUAUACGGGCUCCUAAAGUUGGUCCCUUUCUUCUUCAGUUAUUUCUUACGACUCUUGCAAGCAGUCACCUCAGUCUCUAAAACGGACAUUUAGGGUCCUAUUUAAAUAUCUUUCUCAGCUUUUCUCUCAAGGAGGGGUGCCUCAUUCCCAUUAAGUUAAAUCCGUUUCUUGAAGAGUUUGGGGCUCUUUUGUUCUAGCGAUUUCACUCGCUUUUAAAAGGUCGGACUGGUUCCUGAAUUGCAUCAAACGAGGUUCUUUGAUUAUGCAAGAUCUUUUUUGCGGGAAAACCUGCGGAUGCGCAUUAGGGGCUGACUAAAAGAAUCGAGGAGUACCUAGAAUGAAAGCUUUUCAAAGAAAAAUCUCUCUAUCAUUCUUACUUUUGUCUGGCUAAUCACCAUACUAUUUGUCCCUUUAUCAACAGGAAGCUUCCCUGUAUGAAGGGCUAGACCGUUCUUUUCCAGCAGAUUAUAAUCCCGGUACCUUCACCACGGACCACUCAGGGAAGCUGCAAGUUCUUGGACACUUACUGUCUCACAUGCAUCGCUCAGGAGAUAGAGUAGUUCUUGUAUCAAAUUAUACCCAGGUGAGGUGUUUUAAAUGUGCACUUUUAGGUAAUACCAAAUGUUACCAUGCUGCCAGUUUACUGGAUACCAAAAGUUAGAACCACACCGAAUAGAUGGUACCACGUGGAAGUACUGCUAAAGGGCUUCAUUGUCAAGAAUGGUAACACCAUACGAUUUCAUCCACAGACUCAAAACUUAGUACUACUUACCAAAUAAACAGUACCAUGUGAAUACUGCUAAAGAGGUUUCAUUUGAAAGGUAACAUCAAAGGAUUUCAUCCACAGACUCAAAAGUUAGUACUAAGGGCAGAAUAAAUAGCAUCAUGUGAAAGUACUGCUAAACGGUUUGAAUGGUUACACCAUAGGAUUUCAUCCAGACUUAAAAGUUAGAAUUACUUACCGAAUAAUAUGUAAACGUACUGCUAAAGAGUUUUCACUUGAAUGGCCAAAUUUCAUGUCUCCACAAAUUGACUCUGGAGGUUAAAGGAUUGACUUCAUGCAUAUAUUAAUUUAAGACCUUAUAUCCUGAAUCCGUUGCUGUGGGAUAAGCAGUUCAAAUGUGACUCCUUAAAACUCCUCCUGAUCUGUCUUACAGACUCUUGAUUUACUUCAAAGACUUUGCGAACAAAGAGGUUAUGAGUUUUUGAGACUGGACGGGAAAACACCGACAAGCAAACGACAGUCACUGGUGGACAGGUUCAACGAUAAGCACUGCAAAAUCUGUAAGUAUAUUUCGUACAGUGAUAGUCACAGUGAUAUCUUUGUACGCUUAACACCAUCAGGAUUAGUUUUAUUUUACCCAGUGCUUUAAGUUCAAGUUUUUUUUUUAAAGUCGCCAUUUAUAAAUGGUCGCCAUGCAGACGUAAAAAAAAGCUGUUCCCAGACGUAAAAAUACCGUGAAAAUAGACCAUUUCAGACUUCUCCAGGCCUCUGUAUCAAAACGCGGUUAAGUGCUCAGCCUUUUACAUGGAAAUGACCUUUCUUUCUCAUGCACGUUAAACUCAUUUUCACAAGAAAGGUUGUGCGCUUGGCCUCAUUUUGAAAAAAAGGGUCUUUGGAACUCGGAAGUGGCCUAUCGAAUUUGGAGUUACACACGACAUCUCAAGAGAUGAAUUAUAAAGAAAAUGAAUGCAUGAUUAACAUUUCAAAAAAGUGUUUAUCUCACUUAACCUUUAGAAAGACUAUAAACAAUUAUGAAUACACUACGGCGUGGGUUAUGACUGUUGAGGGCAGGUCGCCAAAUUGGCAACUUGCGCGACAAUUUUAGUCGCCUAUUUUGUUAGUUGCCGAGGAGAUCAAAAUGGUCGCAGCUUGGAGCUCCGCUAGCUGUCUAAUAUAAAGUGUAUACAGUGAACCCUAGUUAAGCGGGACACCCUCGAGAUCACGUCUGCUAUUCAUGCCUUCAGUAAACUGUCUGUGCUGUGGCGAGGCACCCGCGGGAUCAACUUGAGCUUUCACUUUAUACAUGUACAACUGCCACUACGCCAUACAUCCUUGGAACCACCUCUUUUGAGUAACAGUAGAUCGAGAUCACAUGUGAGGGGUGAGCGGCGAAGGCGCGAAGAAUGUGGGGGAAGCCCGAGCGAAGAAAAAAUACUUUUUUCUCUCUCCACCCCAAUCACUACUAUACUUUUUCGCUCGGCCGCGCGUGCCUGUGAAGAAAAAAAGGACGACCGCUCGCUGUCUACAUGCAAUGCAUGUAUACACUGAAGUGUCUCUAAGCGGGAGACACUCGGGACCACCUCUAGCUUCUGUACAUGAUAAUGAGAAUAGGGCCUCAAAAUAUUAAGCAGUUUUAAACGAUCACCUAGGCAAAUCUCUAGUGUUGCUCUGUAUCCAGUUCUCCGUCGGGAGUAGGCUCGGUGUAGACUUCUUCCAUAUCCUUUACUUUAAACGGCUGAGGUUUUUCUCGCGCUCGGUCGGCCGCAAGCCGACAAAUCUUCGGCUGAAGACCGAGCCCACAACUAUAAAAACUUGACCGGAACCGGAAACUGCUUAUGAAAAGUCUCUGGCAUCCAGGGUACAGGGAAAUUGAAUUCUCAAUAGACCCGGAGACAUGCGUUUCCCACAAGCGGAAAAUCUCUUACAAUGAGACUGUGAUAGCGCAGAACAUUUCCGCUAAUAUAACUUUGUUCUUUGUUAUUUUUAGUCGUAUUUCUUUUGAGUUCGAAAGCUGGCGGAGUUGGCUUAAAUCUGAUUGGUGCAUCGAAGCUUAUACUGUUUGAUAUUGACUGGAAUCCAGCCAAUGACAUUCAGGUAUGAAGAAAGAUAACAAAAUCAUAGCUGAACAUUCCGUGUUAUUUAUAUUAUUUUAACUCUGAGAAAUUUCUGUUCUUUCCACUUUUCUAUAACAUAUCAAGCUUUUCACUUGAUAGUCAAACUAACAAAUAACACGGGAAAGCUGAGCGAAAAAAAACCCGCGGGAACAAGGGAGAGGAAAUCUGGGUAUAGGGAAGUAGGACAAAGCUCCAAACUGGCUAUUUUUAUUUACUUUUAUUACAAUAAUUAUCAAGCAUACAUACACACACGGACUAUAAACACCUAUGCAAUCACUACAUCAGCUAUGAACCUGCAAUCAAAAUUUUGUUUCCGUUACUUUGCUGGCCGCGUAAGUGAAGACUCAUACGCGACGUGAUACUCAUCAUGCAUCCUUCAUGCACUGGUUCUCGCUCGUGACCUCUCUGUUUUUCAUGUCGUAGGAAUAAUUCGCGUUAUUUGCUGUGUUUAAGUCAAACAAAGAGUUUACAAUGUAAGACAAAGUCGUGGAAAUGGGAAGCUGUAAACGUAUAAGUUAAACAAAGAGUUUACAAUCUAAGACAAAAUCAUGCACCGAAGCCUUGCACGGGCGGUCACGCGUAGAAAAGCUCAUUCGGGAAAGGGAAACAAUUUUUGGCUGAUAGUUUUAAAAGUGAGAUGGAGCGCAACUUAUUUAACAAACAAUUUAUGGACAUUGAACCAUUAAUUUGACAUAGAUUCUUUGGUUUAAAAUCAGUUUUGAUACCAAUAACAACAGGUAAGUUUGGUUUUUCUGUGCAUUUUGAACCAAACUGACCUAUCUAAGGGCUUCUUCACGCCUUCUGAAAACGUCCGCGUGGGAGGCUACUUAGUCUGCUACACAACCGUUUUUAGUAUCGUCACACAAUGUUCCUCCCCACAAACGGCUGCUGUAAACCGAACUACAUUCCUUUCCCUUUGUGUUUGUGGUCUAACGAACAAGCCAAUCAUGUACAAGAAGUUUGACAAUACGUGAACCGCGGGGCGCUAGGAAGCGAGCACGCUUCUCAGUUUUCGACAAAUCAAUCAAUCGUCGCUGAAUUUAGACGGGCUCUGUGUUUUCAAGCAACGAAAAGGUUAAUUUGCAAAAAAGUUGUUUUAAGCGGCCAAGAAAGUUCCAAUUGAAAAAAAGGUUUGAUAGGCCUAGAAGACUUUUACCAGGAUCGGUUGGUUCUUCAUUUAACGUGCAUAUGUACUGAUACGUAAUGAAGAAUUUAAAUGUGCCGGAUGUGCUCAUUGUGUUCCGGUGAAGACUAAACUCUCAAGGGUACUGAUUCAAAAAGCAAUCUUUUAAAUUAUCGAUGAGCGAUUUCCCGAACUAUACCUGGCAACUUUAUGAGCACAUCCAUGUUGUGCAUCGCAAUUUGCUCGACUUGCUUGCUGCUGCUGCAAAUGUCCUAAAUUUUAAAUAGGACUCGACUACGACAACACUGCUCUAGUUAAUUGCUUGUUUUCACGCGACGUUUUGAUUAUUCUGUCAUUCACACAUGGGGCACCGAUAAAAGCAAAGCUGUGAUUGGAGGAGUCACAGUACCGUAAACGUGGCGCGAACACCUUCCAGAAAAUGGGAGCUGAAUUAUAAUUGGCUAAUCACGGGAAAGGAAUGUAGUUCGGUUUUCAGCAGCCGUUAGUGGGGAGGAGCGUUGCGUUACAACACUAAAAACGGCUGUGUAGCAGACUAGAGGCUACUCAGCUAAAGAACUGAAUUAAUUUCAUGCAAACAACAGAGACAACAGAGUAACCUGCGGAUACAGGUAAAAUGGGGUCUUUCGCGGGCCAUGUUCUUCCAGGCUGUUUCUUUAUAGCCUUUGGUUUGUGGUGGUGGUGCAAUAUAAUGGUCUUGAUCGCAAAAGCACAUGCAAGAUUUCUGAAAAGUCGUGACCCGCGAAGACCAAACAUUGAAUUUCAAUUAGACUACGAAACAUGUACUUGGCUUAAAGUUCCCGUACCGUACCUCAGGGCUUUUCCAUUAGAGCCUUUCUUGAAAGUUACAGCUACUUCGGUGGGAAUUAUCGCUGAAUUAACCAAGGGUGACUGGAGUUUGAUAAACAGAAACAACCAUUUUGCGCACUUGAACAAUUUUGCUCAUGCUUCAAUGUUCGCUGCCUUUUUCCUUGCUGCUUUAGUGGAAAUUCUACGUUUCUACUCAUUUUUGUUCCUGCCUCCAUCGGCGGAACACCUUCUAUCUUCGCUGGCGUUCUUCGUCGUCGGUGAACUGUUUUACUUUCACAUCGAUGGGCGCUCUGUUCUGGAUCAAAAUCUCCAUAUAUUUAUUUACCUUUUAGCCUUUUCUAUAUCCAUCGUUUUUCUACUCGAAGCCGGGUAUCGCAAGUGUUUCAUUUUAUUUAUGGCGCGCACAGUCUUGGUCGUGCUUCUGGGUACCUGGUUUAUUCAAGUGGCACACGUCUUGUACGGAACAGACCCCUGGAAAGACACCGCUUCCAAUCGAGCAUUUGUUGCCAUCGCCUUUACGUGGCACAUCUUAGCACUGCUCUUCACAAUUCUGUGCAGUCUUUUGCUGGUUAGCUUGUUUCUGAGGAUUUUGUGUCGCUCAUGCUGUGGCACAUAUUUGGCGGCCGAUGGCAACGUGACACUAGACGCAACGGAACUCCGUAGUUUGAUCAGGGAGAAUGGGGUUGAGGACCCAACUCAAAUAGACUGAAACAUCAACACAAAGCCGCACACAAUGAAAACUUUAUAGUCUGUGGAUACACAGACCCUGUGAUGUAACAAGUGAAACGAACACUCUUCAACAUUACUGUUACAUAUGGUUGUUUUUAUUUAGUAUGUAGUUCUAGCCUUUAAAUCCUACGAUGUUACCAUUCAAAUGAAGCCUCCUCAGAAGUACUUUAAUGUGGUACUAUUUAUUUAGCUUGCACCCCUGUCAGUAGAUGAAAUCUUAUGGUGUAAGUAUGUAGGAACUUUAUUUUAAUUUGAAAUUAGUAGCAAGAUAACGCUAGUAUAUCUCUGAAUACAAAAUGUGUGACAGUAAAAUAAAAUAAUCAACAAUAAAGAUAUAGGUACAAAACUGUUUUAUAAAAUUGUUUCAAUGAUUAUCUAAAAAAGUACUGUUUUUAUAAAAUUGUUUCUCUUCAGUUGUCUCUUCUUAAUGGAUUAUCUAAAAUGGCGAUUAUAAUUUUUAAACGUUUCAAAAGUCCCUUUCAUUUAAAGCAUUAACGGUAGGUCGCCAUUAAUCUUUUUUUAAGAGAAUUCUAUACACUCUUUUUUUUUUAAAGAAUAUAUUUUAUAAGAAUAUCGAUGGAUAAAAUAAUAAAAUAAAGCCAAGGCUGGGUUUUGAAAAAUAGAUAUAAUUUUGCGAUUAAACAUCUGUAAAUACAAUUUUUGUUUUUAACUUUAUUCCUUUCAAACGGCGUUUAACCAACAAAACGAAAAAACCUGCACUAGCUAUAGCGAAAUGUUCAACGCUAAUGUCAGUUCGAUGAACGGUACAUGUAAUAUAUAUACAUAUACCCCAAUAAAUUCUAAAACGGAAAUGUCAUAAGCUAUAAUUUAAGAAUAAUACAAGAAUAUUUUCAGCCUAAAAUCGGCAGAAAAAUAAGAAUAUUCAGCCUGGGCCGGAAAAACAAUAUUCUUAUAAAAAAAAAAGAGUGUAGUAGAGCUUGAUUUCCACUGACGCGUUUUUGGCUACGCACGUUAACGCACGUUAACGCACGUAAAUAUUAAUCACGUAAAUAAAAUAGAGGCAAGAUAAAAAGUGCUGAGUUUAAACGAGAAGUUGAGCGAGGUUCAACUUUUGCCCUUACGAGCGACCUUUCAUGUAUUGCCUCUAUGAUUUUAUUUGCGAACGUAAAUUUUACGCAUGUACGCACGUAAAAAUUACUCCACACUGAAAAUCAACCCUAAGUAAUGUUUAAAACACUGACCGCGAAAGUCUUGUCUGCUGUGUGAGUGGCCAAUUUAUUUAGCUGUAAUUGUUACUGUAGUACCGCGGUUAGGUUAAAACACACUUUAUUCACGACCGUUACACUCCGAACUCAGAACGCUAACCGACUCGAAUAAAUUACAACGCACGCUAUCUAUAGUACAUGCAAAUUACGUAAUUCCCGUGUGUAUUACAUCACAUUCAUUCUCUCGCUUCUACGCGCUUGCAUUAGCAUCGUAUACACUACAUUCCCUUCUUUGAUCAAAUUUAGCAGGAAGGCAGUUUUUAAAGGCUGCAAAAACCCUAAAUGUUCAGCAAAACAAAGUCUUUGAAUUAAACUAGACAAAACAGGGGAAAAAAAAGAAGAAGUCCUAAACAUCCAGGACAAAGUCUUUAUAGCGCGCAGGCUGUCUUAUAGUUCGGGUCGACCUCCGCACAGGCCUUUCCGCUGCGUUAUCUUCCUUUUCGGUAGAGUGCCCAGCUUGUACUUGGGAAUUUUCAGAUACUCCUGUAGUCCCUGGAAUUCCGCUUGGCCCUGAUACCUCUGCCGUCUCCGGAACUCUGCUUGGCCCUGGCUCAUCCGUCUGUACUGUAGAACUUGCUUGUACCACUUGGUCUUCGUUGCCAUUGGAUACACCAUUGUGCUCGUUGUACUUCUUUACGAACGCAGUGUUCCUUUUCAGUUGCACACCAGCUUCGUUCCUAAGCGUUACCUCUGUUCCUGUCCUCUGAACCACCUUAAAAGGAGCAGGGUUGAAGUUGGUAGACAGCUUGUUCGUUUUUCGGCUUUCAAAAGUACCGUGUCACCAACACGUAUGCUCUUGGGCGUGGCACCUCUCUUGAGAUCUGCAUAAGCUUUGCCCUUUAAUUUACUUGACCAAUCCCGCUCUCGCACUUCUUCGCCUGGCACCCCGACCGUCUCUCUCCUUAACUCUGGCAAUUUGGACCUAACCUCGUGGCCAAACAUCAUGUAACAGGGGGUAGUCCCCGUCGUCGUUUGCGGAGUGGAUCUGUACGCCAUCAACCAUACAAGCAAUUCAGUUCUCCAGUUCUUUCCUUCUAAAUGUGCAAUCUGUAGACAUUUAAGUAACGAGCGAUUUUGGCGUUCCACCUCUCCAUUAGCUUGAGGCCACAACGGCGUCGUUUUCCUGUGCUCAAUACCAUUUGUGCGUAAAUAUGCUUCAAAUUCUUCGGAUACGAACUGGGGCCCAUUAUCUGUCCUUAAAGAGAACGGAAAACCGAAUCUGGCAAACAUGGGUGCAAGUGCUUCGAUGACCUUGGCACUUGUUGUAGACUUCAGAAUAGCAACUUCUAAGAAACGACUGUAGUAAUCGAUCACCACCAAAACACUCUCUCCUGUGGGUAGGGGUCCCAGCAGGUCUGCUCCACAAUCCUGCCAAGGAGCACUUGGAGGAAGAACGCGGGACAUCGGCUCAGGAGGGUUAAAUCCAGAAGUGACCUGGCAGCCAUGACAAACUUUACAAAAUUUCUCAACUUCCUUGUCCAUUCCCGGCCACCAAACUUUACUACGGAGCCGAUACUUCGUCUUCACUAUACCCUGGUGCCCUUCGUGUGCCAGCCGCACCACCCUGUUGCGCAGGAGCUUGGGAACCACAAUCCUUGUGCCGCGAAGCAAUAGCUCACCAUAGACGCAUAAUUCGUCCUUGACUUGUGCAUACGAGGGAAGUGUACACCGGUCCCAGUCCCCUGACCUCACGCAACUCUUUACUAUCGUCAAUUCUUCGUCAAAAUAGGAAGCUUCUUCAAUUUCUGUAGGUGAUAGAGCAACGGGUAUACAGCUUAUAGCAAUGGCUCUGACAGAGUCGUAGUCUUCUCCAUGGUCCACUUGAUCCAAGGAGUUCAAACGGGACAACGCGUCGGCUAUAUUUGUCUUCCCUGGGCGGUACACCACUUUAAAAUCGUACCCUUGUAGUCUUAAGACCCAUCUCUCUAUUCGGGCGCAAGGCUUUGAAGUGCGCGAGUAGACUUUGAAGUGCGCGGAAUAUUGGACAAGACCCAUAAACGAUCGCACUUCACUUGCGUCUUUGGGAGAUCUAGCAUCUCUUAUAGCAGCAAUCUUCUCUUCGGAUGGGUUUAUGCCGUCACUAGUCAGCUCGUGACCAAAGAACGUAAGCCUUGACAAUCUAAACUCGCACUUGUCUCCGUUCACCGUCAACCCCACUUCACUCAGCCUACCUAACACCGCAAAAAGACGCUUGUCAUGUUCCUCCACGUCACACCCAUGAACAAUGAGAUCGUCCGCAAUGUUCGCAACCCCAGCACAACCCCUUAACACAUCUCUAAUGAUCUGCUGAUAUUUCUCCGGCGCCGACGUUACGCCAAACAUCAACCGCUUGUAACGAUAAAGCCCUCGAUGCGUGACAAAGGUAGUGAUGUGGCGACUUUCCUCACUGAGUAAAAUCUGGUGAAAACCCCACUUGAGAUCUAUCUUGCUGAACACCGUACUACCAUUCAAGUCGUGUAACAGCUCCUCAACGGUUGGAAUUGGGUGACGCUGUCGGACGAUUGCUUCAUUUGCACGACGCAUAUCAACACAGACUCUUACGUCGCCAUCGCCUUUGGGAACCACCACCAACGGCGAAAUCCAUCCUGACGGCCCCUCCGGCACUUCCUCUAUUAUGUCAAGCUCCAAAAGUUCAUCCAGCUUUGCAUCCACUUUCUCGCGUAACCCGAACGGUAUCCUGCGUACAUGCUGCGCUACAGGCUUCACCGACUCAUCGAUGUGUAGCUUAAGCUCGUAGCCCUUCAAAAGACCAACACCACUAAACAAGUGCUUGUAUUUCUCUCUGACAUCCCCGUCCGAUCGCCCACCGUCAACACUGUUUGUCUGAAAAGGACCAAUACGCAACAGUUACUCUACAAAAGUGCCAAAAAGUACCAGAGGGGGACACGGGGGUUUACGGUAUGGAGCUUUUUUUCAAACGGUAAUUUUGAUUUUAAUGUGCGGUAUUGCGGUAUCAUCUAGCCCUGCGGCAUGCGGUUUUUUAUGCCUGUGGCUAACGGUAUUCGAUAAAAGAAGAUCCUUCACGGUACAGUGGAACCCCGCUCUACGGACACCCGCUUUAUACGGACAGUUUCGUUUGUCCCGACAAAAAGUUCAUACAUUUUCUCUAAAAUUAACCCGCUUUAUACGGACACCGGUUAAUACGGACAACGGACACUUCUGGGUCCCGAGUCACAAACUCUUAUGUAUUGUCAACCCCGCUUUAUGGACACUGGUACUGGUUAUCUGCACACUGUCUAUUUUCAUUGUCACAAUUAUGUAAUAAUUGUAGACAUUGUACCCUGUUCAAAUAAUGAAAGAUUUUUGCGAGUGAAUAAAAUUUCAUUACAGUACUAAAAAAAAAACAGUAACAAAGUAGCGUGACAUAUUUGAUUUUGAAGUCUGUCUUUCCCCCGGUGUUUGACUCUUGUACUACGUUUAGUCUUUUAAUGAAGUUUUCUGCCUCCUGUUACACACGUUUCACUUCCUUGGCUUUUUGUUGCAGUCAUUGCUCUUAAAGUAAAGUCACAGACUUUUUCAAAUGAAUCACUGUCGUGCCUGUUUCAAUAACAAUACUACAGUACUUAAAAGAUUUUACUCUGAGACUAUGAUAAAUGAUCGUGAGGUUUCUUUAAGAUGAACUUGGUACUAUUACAGUUAAGAAAUUAAACAAAGUUUUCUCGUAAAACUGUCUCCUUUGGUCUUUAUAUCGAUAAAACGGGCGUCGAUAAAACCCGGAACAUGGAACAUCCCGGAACAUUGCGGAACAUCCCGGAACAUGAAAAAAUAAAAAUAAUUUUCAUGAAAAAAAAAAAAAAUAUAUAUAUAUAUAUAAAAUAAAAUAAUAAUAAUGACAUAAUUUUUGUAAAAAUUAGUAAUAACUUAAAAUAACAAAGGAAAAACGAAAAAUAAUGAAAUAAUCAAGAAAAAGAAACUGGUAUCCUCUCUGAGUAUGAGAAAACAAUAUUUUGUCGCAACAAAUUAAAAUUUGUUGGGCGAGUGAGGGUUCAUGAAAUGACAGUAACGAGUGAAGGCUUGCUUCUAAAUUCAAAAUAUAUUAAAAUGGGUCGCGAGGAGGUGGGUUUUUUAAGCUUUCCUCACACAGCUACCUGUUGUAAUUGUUUGCCGUGAGUUAAUCAUUUGGCGGUUAUCCAUUUACGGUUCUGCAAUGGUCGGAAAUGUCGGUGCAGUAUUUCAUGUCAAGCCAAGUCGGUAAGUAGCUCAUUUCAAGCCAACAUAUAGUCUCCUUAUCUAUAACCGACAUUUGCUUACUUGGGGUGCUUUGCUUUACUUGAACAUUAAUUACUUACAGACUAGGCGGCUCUGUGAACUUAAGAAGAGUAUAGGGGCUCCUGCUCGUAGUAGUUUCUAUGCUGUUUACAGUAAGCAUAAUAUUUCAGACGUCUCCUCGAGUCGCAAGAGGAGUUUGCGUGGAGACGGCUAAAAUUCAGGCUAACUGAUAACAGUUAGAAACUACCGCCGCUACCACUGCCACUGCAACUAUUCACGGCGAAUGUGAAUCUUUAAUUUAAUUAUCCAAGUCCAAAGCGACGAGCCCCUUAGCUCUUCUUAAGGUCGCAAAGCCGUAAAUGGAUAACCGUUAGACCGCAUGGCAAACGUUCACAAGAGGUGUCUGUGUGACGAAAGCUUGAAAACCCUCUCCUCGCGACCCAUUUUAAUAUAUUUUGAAUUUAGAAGCAAGCCUUCACUCAUUACUGUCAUUUGAAUGGACCCUCACUCGCCCAAAAAUAUUGUUUUCUCAUACUCGGAGAUGAUACCAGUUUCUUUUUCUUUCUUUCUUUCUUUGUUUGCUUCUUUAUUUUUCGUUUUUAUGUUAUGUUAUGUUAUUUAUUUUGUUAUUAUAAAUUUUUGCAAAAAUUGUUUUCUAUCUAUUGUUCCUUUUAUUAUUUAUUAUUUAUUAUUAUUAUUAUUAUUAUUACUUAAUUUAUUAAUUAUUUUUUAUAAAAAAAAUUUUUAAUUUUUUCAUGUUCCGGUAUGUUCCAUGUUCAGGGUUUUAUCGACGCCCGAUAAUAUGGACACUAUGGCAUGUCCCCUUGGUGUCCGUAUUAACCGGGUUCCACUGUAUUGCGGUACCGUUCAUUAGCGUUCUCCUUUCUAAUGCAGGUCAAUAUUCGAAAGCGUUACUUUACAAAAUUUUUGACAGUUAAUCUACAAUGGAAUUGUUGUUGCAUCCAAUGACCGGGCUUUUCGAUCGUUGGACCGAUAACAUCGAGGUCUUCUCACGUUAUCUCGCAAUGGCUGAGCUUGAUUUCUGGUGCAUACCGUAUUUAUUCGAUUAACCGCCCGGGGCGCUUUUUAAAUUUUUGGGCCUUGAGAGUGGGCGCUUAUUCGAGGCUGGGCGCUUGUUAAAUUUUCAUCAUUCUCAGCAAGUGUAGUAGUAUAUUUGCAACAAAACAGUAAAUGGUACGAACAAAAAGCGAAGAUAUGAAAAGCAAGGUUUGUGUAAAAUACUCUGAAGAAAACUCCGUCUUCGGGGGGGUCUCUUGUUAUCUCUCAUUGCCGAAACCAAUUGUGGAAUUGCACGCAUUUUAGGCAUCCUACUGAUGAACAGUUGGGACACGUAGAUAUAUUUUUUAGCAACUACUAUAAUUUGCAGUGUCUACUUUGAGUUGGAGUUUUUGUGGGAGGGAGAGGGGUGGGGUGGGGUGGGCGCUUAUUCGAGGCUGGGCGCUUAUUAACUUUUUCUGCCUUUAGCAUGGGCGCUUAUUCGAGGUGGGCGCUAAUUCGAGGUUGGGCGCUUAUUCGAAUAAAUACGGUACAUGCUUGAGAUAAACAGACACGCGGGAUGGAUAUAACUUUAAGUAACCGUGACCGAUCAUAAAUGCGGUAUCGGUAUUUCGUCUAUUUUCGACACGGUAUUUCAGGUAUUUGCCAAUUUUUCUUACUGUAUUGCAGUAUUGGGUACCCCCAAUGUCCGCCUUGUACAACAAUACCGACGGAGAGGCAGCGUAAAGGCCCGAUAAUUUGUUCAAAACAGGGUUAAGAUAACCCAGGGUUAGUGCGAAAUUUGAAUUCAGAUAUGAAAGCUUAAAAAGCAAAUUCAGUUUUAUUCUUUUUUCCUACAAUUUGAUGAUUGGAUGCUCUAAAAAGAAUAGAGAAACUUAUCCGGGAAAAUGCUUUUGAAAAGAAAAAGAAACCCAGGUUAAAAUUUAACCCUGGGUUAGCACUAAUCGGCCUUCGAACAACUGGGCCCACUGAUGUUUAUGCCCAACAAUUCUACACCGCCGUGUACAUUGAUUACAAUCAAGAGAGGAUAUUAUCAUCUCUUGUUACAAUAUCGGUCACAACAAAGUUUUAUCUUUCCAAGAGUCAUUACCAGGAUUUGAAGUGCGACGGUAAACUCGCUCUUAGGUCUUUCACUCAAUAUGAUCCUAGGCUAUUCACUGAUGAAAUCCCUUACUAACUAUUACUACUUUCAUUUGUACUGUUUGAGUCUGUGAAUGAACCUAUGGUGUGACCAUGCAAAUGAGACCACUUCGUCAGCAGUACUUGAACUCUUUACAUUGGUUCUAUUUGUUUCUCGAUAGUUCGUCAACAAUAAAGCGCAAACAGCCAGCGAGCAAGCUUUCCAUUCGGGUGACGUCGUGAGAAGUCAAGUACGAGCGACACAUACGUUUUCACUCGCCCCACGAUAUGGAGAGCUUACUCGAAGCCUCAGUAAUGCGCUAGUUGAUUGAGAAGCGCGUUAAUCGCGUGCUUACGUAAGGUUUAUCUCGGAUAAUAGAGAACUUAAUCAACAGCGUUUUUGAGCGACGGACGUAAACCGGAAGUGGACUUUUUGCAUCGCUGGGAAGUGGUUUGGUUGAUACUCUGGGGUAAAUCGUCUUUAUAAGAGAAAAGAAACUAAGCAAUACAAAUUUGUUAGCAUCAAGGCAUAUAAAAAGAGAGAAAGCCUCACUUCCGGUUGACGUGUGUCGCUCAAACACGUCCUCGCUUAAGUAUUAUUUAAGUGACGCUAUGUGUGUUUUUUUUCUCGAUCACUGCAGGCCAUGGCAAGAGUGUGGAGAGAUGGACAGAAGAAGACAGUGUACAUUUAUCGUCUUUUAACAACGGUGAUUGCUCUGGAAUUUCUGAUGGCAAAUUAAAACACAAAUUUGACCUUAGCUCAGAUAGUUGGCUGGGGCGGUGCAAAGAAAAGCGAGCGGGGAAAAAACAACGAAGGAGUGCCGCUUUUCCCCCUCCGCUCUGCUCUUUGCGCCACUCUCCAUUGUCUGAACGCCUGGAACAGGCCAUUUUGAAUGAAGAGAAGGGCUGAUUCACACUGAGACGUUUUUCGUGUUCGACAAGAUAGAAAUACAGCAAAACUUAUGAUUCUGACGAUGAUUUGCAAAAUAAUAUGGAACACCAUCAAAGAAUAUCAAUAAAACAGAAACCAAAUGUUCCAACAUGAAUGUUAACAACACAAAUGUACAAGAGAACAGCGAGUAACUCAGUUUGUAAAUAGUUCACUCCAAUGAAAGUGGUCGUUGUGGGGAGGUUAAGGACUGCUGCGCUGACUUAAGUAGCCGUUGCCGAUGUUGAGAUUCGACUGUAUGCAUUUCCAUGGUCUUUUUUUGCCUUUGGUUAUUAUUUUUUGUAAUGUCCCGUGUUCAAGGCUUCCUUCAGGUCUUUAUAUUUUGCAUUGAGCCCCAGUCUUUUGGAGUAGGCUACCUGCACUAAGAGGUCACGUCACCAAUGCUUCCUUUAAACAAUGAGUUGGAAUCUUGCUGAUGCUAAAAAUUGACAGAGCCCAUAAAAAUUAUCUUACACCCGAAAUUUGAGAGGAAAUGCAUUCAAGGGGGAUAUUUUAGAGCACUUUGAUUUCUCAACAAAGUAGUAUGAUUUGUAUUGGCUGCCAUGUUGGAGGGCAUACUCUUGCCCUCCAACAUGUUUGCAAAACUACUUUUUGCUUCUAUCUUGUUAAACGUUUGGUAGUUAGGUUCAGAUGUGCUGUGAAUGUUACCACAUCAUCUUUUCAACAAUUUCCUUGAAGUUUAAGUGCAAAAUUUCUCUUCAGAAAGAGGUAAUUCAUAGUUUUAAAUAUCACAUUUUGGUCACGUGACCAGCUACGAACUUACUCAUUUUAAAAAAAAUGGUGCAGGUUUGAAAAACUAAAUCACUAUUAUUUUGUUUAAGAUAUGACCCACUAAUGGUUUUUUGAAGGCAAAAUCAUAUAGCUUUUAUUUUCAUAAAAAUGAUGUCACAUGACCUCUUAGUGCAAAUGGCCUAUUGUUCGUCACUCGGUGACAUCAAGCAUCUGUUGCUUUUGUAGGGAACCAUUGAAGAGAAGAUUUACCAGCGUCAAACUGCUAAGCAAGGUCUGAGCGGAACAGUAGCCGAUGCCAAGGAGAAGGUGAAGGUUGAAUUCUCACGGGACGACUUAAAGGUCAGCAUCCAAUCCGAUCGGCUAUUUCUAACCUUUGUGUCCUCUGUCAGGUUAAAAUCCUAACGCGUUUUGUGGUAAGAGCCACAGAACAUUACCUUGUUAGUGAAUAGCACUUUCCUUUCGUCUUGUUUAUUAUGCCCUACAAGUUGGCUCUAUCUUUCGAGGUUUUAUAUAAAAGCCUUAAGUGUGUGCGGUACUUCGUUAUGUUACUUUUAAUUUUGCUUCAUUAGGUAGACCCCCCUUUUAUUCUUACGUAUGAAAUCCUUUUUUAAAACAUGGCCAUGGAUCGAUUUUUCUGGAAUUGACCUCGUACGGACUCUCAACUCAACUCAACUCAACUCAACUGUUUAUUAAUUAUGACAAAUUUUACAGAAAGCAAUAUCCACUGCCCGCAAUUAGCUGAUUAGCUAUCACUCUUUUUAAGUUCAAAAAGAGAAAGGAAAAUUUGUCGUCGCCCAUAUACGCAAACUAAAAUACAUAUGUUUUUGUAUUUCCUGAAAUCAUUUUUAUCACUAAACCAGGAUAACUGAUAAAUCUUUUGCAUUAUAUUGGUGUCUUUACCCAUUUUCGCCCUUUGCUUAUAACCUCCUUGAUGGCGUCACUGUUGUACCUUUUUUCCGUAAACAUUGUACCUUUCCGAUAACACUACAGAUGUAAAUAAAACAACUAAUUUACCGCAUUUUCCUUCGUAUUUAUUUACUGAAAAUGUUCUGCGGAAAACGUAGGAAAUACCAUUUCUGAGCCCCUAAAUAUGAAAAAUUUUCUUGGAGAACAUGCCCCCCAGACCACCUAGUUUCUAGUACCUUCGGAGGUCCAAUCUUUCUCUCCGUGCGUACACCUUCAAAACCUCACGCUACGCCCCUGUCCAGGUCCUCUAUAAAACGUUGUAUCAUGAAUUUUUCACGUCGAAGUCGUUCAGUUGUAGUCAAAGAAUUCUACCAAAAAGUGUGAUGAGUGUAAACAGCUGUUCAUAUAACCCGUCGUCGUGGUUGCUUUAGCUCCCUAAUAUAUUCACCAACAAUAGCCCACGUUCGAUAUACAGUAAAACUCCACCUAUAAGAACCUAGAUUUUUCCAAGUCAACCUGAACAGGUUCUUAUAUAAAAGAUGCCUAACUUGAAAUCGGUCUAUCUAGGUUCUUAAAUGGGUUCUUAAUUUUUGGUGAGAAAAAAAGUAUUUGUAUUGUUGGGAAUGGCCUUUUAUAUUAAAUUGUACACACAUUUUCAUGCUAGUUACGUGGAAUAUAGUAGAGUGCAUAUAAAUCAUACAAAAUAGUGCUAAGUUAUGCUCAUGUUAUUGUUUUCUAUUGUACUUUGUAAAUAAAGAACCUACUUUGACAUUUCGACCUGAAAUGGUUCUUUUGUGAAGGGUGCUCAACAUGAAAAUUUCAGCCUGAUAGGUUCUUAAAUUUUAGGUUCUUUUACUUAGGGUUUUUACUGUAUAUAAAUUCUAACAUGACUCCGAGGCUUUAGGGUCAAAAUUGCAAUUUUUUUAUGCGACUCCGUUGUCUCGCAAUUCCCAGAAGAGACUUGAGCACAAAGAAAACCAAACCGCCAAAUUUUGAAAAAUGACCAGAAAGCCUCAGAGUCAUGUUAGAAUUUUAAUAUAUCGAACGUGGACUAUUUUCAGAAUAUUGAUGUCUUGUUUCCAACUCAUAGGACUUGUUCACUCUUCAUGAAAACAGUUUAUGUCUGACGCAUGAUCUCCUGCAGUGCACGUGUAUGGCGUCUGAGGUGGGUAUCUCCAGUAAUGUUUAAUGUUGGAACGGGCCUAUCAAUGUGGGGCGUUUUUGAACAAGAAAUGAGAUACGAAUUCGUUUAAACGAUGAUAAAAAUGUUCUCUGGUGCCGUUUUUUUUUUUUUUUUUUGAAUAAGCUUAAACUUCUCUAACCGUUUAUUGAGGAGUAAAUUUCGAGAGAAUCAGUCGUUUAACCGUUUUUUUUUCUUAGACUAUCGUUCGCUUUGCGUUCGGAAUAAAAAAGCUGGGCUUUUGGGCACUGCAUUCAUCUAUGCUUCGUGAAAAGUCCCAUACAGGCAAUUUAUUUUUUUCAGUUCUAAUCUUCCUCACUGUUUUACCUACUUUCUUUUCCCUUCUUUUUGUCUUUUUGAAUAUCCCGCUAUAAAUAGUCUCAGUUUGAUGCGAUUCAGGUCGGUAGUGAUCCUUAGUCUGUUAAAGGGAACCUCCACUUCAACAAAAAGAUAACUUUAAAUCACAGGAAAUAACUGUUACAGUCAAGUCAAUCUAAAAUAAUUUUAAAGAAAGCGUUUGUAUCCGAAAGAAAUAACUUUUAGAUUCGCCUAUUUUUGUUUUCAAAUUUUGCGGGCGUCGCCAUCUUGAAUAAUUGUGACGUGUAAUGGUUGCCCUAUUGUUAUUAAACAAAAGCUCUUUGUGUCAGAACAAUAGAGCAACCAUAACGCGUCACAAUUAUUCAAGAUGGCGGCGCCCGCGAAAUUUGAAAGUGAAAAUAAGCGAUUUUAAAAUUCACUUUUCCUGAUAUAAACACUUUUUUAAAGACAAAUUUCAAACAAAUUUGUUUAUCAACAUAAUUUUAUUCGAUUUAAACUUAUUCUGUAGUAAGAGUGGAGGUUCCCUUUAACAGGCUGGUCUGUUAAGUUGGUAAAUUCGAGUUACGAUCAUUAUGAUUACAUUUUCAGCGUUAUGUGGAUAAUACCGGAAUACUAUCUUCAUUGCGCUAAAUUAUCUUUGUCUUGUUCUCUUUGAUAAAUCUUUUAAGGCAGUUUGACCUUCCUUUCUCUCCUUCCCAUUGUUGUUUAAGAUAACGUCCGACCACUAAAACUUAUGUCGGGCAUGAAAAGUGGGAGCUGAUUCUAAUCAUUCAUGAAAUGAACUGCAAUUCGGCAAAUUCUGAGGUGCAAGAUUACGAACAGUUCUCUCCACUACUAAAUUGCAUGCUUAUUGGGCAUGUUGGAGAAUAAUCCAUCGCUAUUACUUCAGAAUCACAUUUUGCUUUUCAAGUUGUUCUCCUGCGGCAAUUGAUGAGCUUUGGGAACAAAAAGACUCGUUUCCAGAGCCCUUUGUUUCUUCCUUCCGCAUGGUUGAUAAAACCGAUGGAGUCCUGGGUGCUGUCUGUCGUUGCCGGUGCAGCGUUUGCAUCUUUCAUUAAUUCUUACGAUGAGGAGCGACGUAGUCACAGUGAAUAAAAAAGGUAUUGGAUUCUAAGGUAAGCGCACACGAAAAAAUUUAUAGAUAACUUUGAAUUUGUAUUUGUUAUUUAUUCGCACUCAACGUUUGUAGUGUAUAUUGUUUGCAUAACCUGAUAUAAACACGAGAGGGGUUGGGAGAAUUCGAGACAGUUAUGCAAACCCGAGACGAAGUCGAGGGUUUGCAUAACCGUCGAGAAUUCUCCCAACACCUCGAGUGUUUAUAUCAGGCUAUGCAAACACAGGAAAAAGUUUUCUAUUGCUUUUAUGAAAUAACUUUCACGAGAAAAAACGCAAAACUUUAUGUAUGGCACUGAUUAAAAGAGAAAUUCUUACCAGUCGCAAAAUCUUGUCCACGAAGUCUUGCAUGCGUAAUCAGUUCUUGUUUUGCAAAAAGAUGCUUUGCAAAAUACGGAUUUUUCUCGCUCAGAAUGCCGGCUUAAGCAAAGAAAAAUUGACUCACCUUCUUUGAAACGAUUUUCCAUGUUUCAGCCGACGAAGGAAUGGGUAAAUAAAGUAAACUUGUCGAGUUUUGAACUCGAAAACUUUUUCAAAUUCGUGCUUGCGUGAUUAGCGCGCGAAAAGCCAAAGAACUUGACGCCACAACCAUGUUUACAUACUCUCAUGCAAACACUUCUCUCGGCCAAUCAGAGCGCGCGUACUAUCUUAGUUAUUUUAUAAAUAGUAGUAGCUUAUUUAAAUUGAAAAUUUAAUCAGUGUUAUAUUGCCGGAAUCUUGGUUUUGUAAUGAAAUUAGAGUACUAUGAGAAAAAUUGACUCGUAAGUUGUCUUUCUUUCCAGGAUAGUGCAGAUAACAAUGUACGACGUUUACGUAACCAAUAAUUCCAAAGAAGUUGUCUAUGUGAGGUUGAAGUCUCAAGAAAUUUCUUCUAUAAACCCAACGUUUCAUCAAGAAUUACACAAGCUGGUGAGAAAGGGCAGCACGGAUGAAUCCUACAUACAGACAUUCUUAGUACGAUAUGGUUUUAAGUUGAUUCCUUAUGGCGAGACGCUGUCUUUUUCAGCUGUGGCUUGUAGCGGUAGAGGUGUAACCCGCAUCCUGUACGCUUCUUUGUAUGCCCGGUCAGAAUUGUGGGCUAUGGAUGAAGAAAUCGAUUUCCUCAGAUUUGGAUGCCUGUUUGUCAG